UCAGCUGACUGCCUCAGCUCUCCGCUCCUCCGGACACAGCGCCGCGUAAAAAUGCUGCUCUCUGUGCCGCCAAGGACAGGAAUCAACCCAUACAACAGCUUCACCGGCAAAAACAGCAAAAGGCAGACGUAUGUGUCCUCCUCCAACCAUCACAUGGCUCCCCCAAGCCCCAACAACAACAACAGUAACAACUCUGCCUCCAACUCCAUCAGCAACAGCAGCAGCAGCAGCAGCAAUGGGGGAGAGCAGCUGAGCAAAACCAACCUUUACAUCCGCGGCCUCCAUCCAGGGACCACAGACCAGGAUCUGGUCAAACUCUGUCAGCCGUAUGGGAAAAUCGUAUCAACCAAAGCCAUCCUGGACAAGACUACAAACAAGUGCAAAGGCUAUGGCUUUGUGGACUUUGACAGUCCGGCCUCGGCUCAGAAGGCUGUGACGGCACUGAAGGCGGGUGGCGUCCAGGCUCAGAUGGCAAAGCAACAGGAGCAGGACCCGACCAAUUUAUACAUCUCUAACCUGCCUCUGUCCAUGGAUGAGCAGGAGCUGGAGAACAUGCUGAAGCCCUUCAGUCAGGCCAUUUCCACUCGCAUCCUCCGUGACGCCAACGGAACCAGCCGAGGAGUGGGCUUCGCCAGGAUGGAGUCAACAGAGAAAUGUGAGGCCAUUAUCCAACAUUUUAAUGGGAAAUAUAUUAAAACUCCACCUGGAGUUCCAGUGCCGUCCGAGCCCUUGUUGUGUAAAUUUGCUGAUGGAGGCCAGAAGAAGCGUCAGAGCCAAGGGAAAUAUCUUCAGAAUGGUCGGCCCUGGACAAGAGAUGGGGAGAGUGGAGGAAUGACCCUAACUUAUGACCCCACCACAGCCUUACAGAAUGGGUUCUACUCCUCACCUUACAGCAUUGCCCCAAACCGGAUGAUCGGGCCGUCCUCCCUGUCCCCAUAUAUGCAUUCACCUGUGUCCACAUACCAGGUACACAACCCAUCCUGGAUACAUCACCAGUCCUACAUCAUGCCGCCCACAGGAGCAGUCCUGACGCCAGGAAUGGACCACACCAUGUCCAUCCAGCCCACCUCUAUGAUCGGGCCUCUGACACAGCAGCUCAGCCACCUCUCCAUGGGCAGCAGUGGCACAUAUAUGCCUGCAAACACAUCUAUGCAGGGGACCUACAUUCCCCAGUACACCCAAGUGCCUGCCACCAACAUCUCAGUCGAGGAAAGUGCCGUCCAACCACCUGUUGCCAUAGAGACACCCACAGAACACACAACCUACUCCUACCAGCAUAACAAGUGAAGAGAUUUUCCUUUGGAGCGGGAGUGACCGUCAAAAAGGGCCUGAGCGCUGAAAAUUCAGCACAGUGACUCUGCAUGUGAGGCACCCUACACUCUGGAGGAACACGGACUGUUACACAGAACGGACGAACAAAAGAUAUUUUCUACUAACUCAUAUUUUAAAACAAACUCUGUUUUUCUCAAAGCAAGCGAGCAAAGCUGCAGGACCACACGCAAAUGGAAGAGCAGAAGAGGGAGCAUCUAUUUUGAUAACAGACACACACACUACAGGUUUUCUGAACCAGGAAAAGACCAUUUCAACAUCACGUUUUAUUUUGAGUCUUGUUAUUUUUGACCUUUUGUAAGAUAUCCUGUUUCACUUCACUUUUUUCAUACUUUGAACUUGCCUUUUUGUACAUAAUUCUAUGUUUUGCUGAUUCUCACUCCAUGUGUUAAUUGAUGCAAAUGUUUGAAUACGUAAAGCUCAUGAAAACAAGCAGAAGUCUUUGAAAAAGCUGAUGACUCAUACUGUAAACUGAUAUGGUGCUGAUUUGGAUAAGCUCCUCUUCAAGUUUAUCAGGUGGGAGACCUCACCUGAAGCUGCAUCGCUUCUUUUGGCACUUGACUCUUAUGAUUUAUAGUUUUAACAAUCUUGACUAAAGCUUCAGACAAUCAGAAGAAAAGGAAGAGAAAAUGUAAUGAUGGUGGUCAGUAAGGGGAACCCUGCAUAUUAAGACAUGUUGGCUUUAUUUGGUAAAAGCAGUUUAUAUAUGUUGUAAAAAGAAACACCUUAGAUUUCUAUAUUUUGAGAAUGUUUUUGUGCAAAGCAUUUCCUGUAGUGAUGUCAAAUGGUUGCAUUGCUCUUUUUUUGGCAUGUCAUCCUUAAAACUUUUUUCAUUUGAACUAGAAUGCAGUUUUAGUUAAAAGGAUGACGAGGAAGAAGUUACAGUAGUGUAAACUGAAGUGAGUACAAUCAAAGAUAUAUGGAUGCAGCCAUUGAGAUCACGCCCAGAAUGCCUCCAUGUGAUCUAUCUAUUUAAAAGUUCCUCAGAUGUUGAAAUAAAUGGUGCUUCUUUGUGCAUCAUACAGAUGAAUGACACUAAUGUUAGUCCAUUAUGUCUUGAUCUGCAGGGUUACCUUUUAGAGGAGACAUCCGUUAAAGCAUUCCAGCUAUUAUCACAGAAAGUUUGUUCUCUUGAGCUGCUCCUCUUGAUUAAAUCCAAAGUUUCCUUGCCAGGAUUACGUCUCAAACAGAGCUGCCUGUAAAUAAGAGAUUUAAUUGUAUGUCGGCUUUAUUUUGAUUUCCUUAUCUCCAUGUAGUAAGACCUUGCUUAUUUUCAAGGCAUAAACCAAACAUGACACAUCCCUUUUAUAAAUAGUUAAACCUUAGUAGACGACAAAGGGGUACUUUCUAAAGUAAAUACUGGAUGUUUUUGUCAUAACAGGAAGUUUUUACUACACAGACAUGGAAAUCAAACAUAGAAUGUGGCUCUGUCUGGUUAUAUUUUCAGAAUAAAAGAAAACACUACCAAGGUUGAUUACUUUAUCAGCCAGUGUGGAGAUCCUUUCAUGCUGGCAGUUGCUGUUUUUUUUCACAUCCACUUUUGCAUUUCUGUUUUUCACCCACUUGUUUUUUUUUUACAUUUCUUAUUUAAAGUUUUUUUAUUCCGUUUUUAAUACUUUGAAGAUUUGUCCUAUUUUUCAAAGAAGCUUGGUUUUAUUUUUAUAGUGUGUUGUGUGCUUUAAAUAGUGUUGACAUUUUCAGAUUUUCUUCUUUUGUUCAUUUGGAAAGAGAUUUGUUGUAUGUUUGCAUUCUGGUUUCAGUGCUGAUGUCAAAGAUGCUUUAUUGUUUUUCUCACAGAUGUGUCACUCCUGUCUCAUCACAAAUCACUUGUGUUUGCUCGGUUCACAUCACUCGUUACAGAACUGUUCCCUAUGCAUUUGGGGGCAAUAUUAGAUGUUCAAUAACCUUGACUUACCUCAUCCUGCCAGAGCAAUGUACACUCACUAUGUGUACAAGGUUUCACAGGCAAUAACCAACUACCACAGAUCUCAUGGCUGUUCACAGCUGGUACUGUGUCCACCUCCUUUAACUCUUCCGUCCAGUUAUCGGAAAAUACGCCCAAAAGGUCUGCUGAUCUAUGCAAUUUAUCUACCAUCCUUAUGAAAAUGCAAUAAUACAGCUAUUCAAGAAACACCUCGCUUUAUGACCUCACAUCCUGGCUCUCAUGGUGUUCAUUUUUUAUUUUGUAAAGGCUGAGAUUUGUUUUUCUGACUGACACAUUCAUCCUUGGUUCAUUCAUGGCUGCAUUAAAAGGGAACUAUUUUAAACCAAAUUGUGGUCAUUCAUAUGACUGUUGGAAAUGUAGAAGCUCUAGAAAAGGGCUUUGUUGUAAUUCUCCAUUCCAUAAUGUUGCAGUUUUAAAUCUUCUGUCUGUCAUGUCUACUCCUGUUGGUAAAGGGACCCUGCAUAUUUAAAUUUAAUGCAUUCAGUCUUCAAAGAAUUCAGACCUCCUUCACCUAUUUCAUUUUUUUAAGUUGCAGCCUGAUUCUACAAUUGUUUAAAUUCAUUUUUUCCUCUCAUUAAUCUACACUUGGUAACCCAUUAUGAUAAAGUGAAAAUGGGGUUUUUGAAAUUUUUGCAGAUUUAUUAAGAGAAAAACUAAAAUAUUGCAUUGAUAUAAGUUUUAGAUCCUCUACUCAGUACUUAAUUGAAGCAGCUUUGGUAACAAUUCCAGCCUAGAGUCUUUCUGAAUAUGACACAAAAAGCUUUGACACCUGGAUUGGGAGAUUUUCUGCCAUUCUUCUUUGCAAAUCCUCUGAAGCUCAGUCACAUUAGAUGAGGACCGUCAGUGGACAGCCAUUUUCAGGUCUCUCCAGACAUGUUCGAUAGGGUUCAAGCCACCCUAGGACAUUCACAGAGUUGUCCCUAAGCCACUCUUUACUUUGCUCCAUCCAGCUUCCCUUAACCCUAACCAGUCUCCCAGUCCUUACUGCUGAAAAACACCCCCACGGCAUGAUGCUGCCGCCACCAUGCUUUACUGUUGGGAAGGUAUUGGGCAGGUGAAGAGCGGUGCCUCUUUUCCUUACAGUAUUUUGAAUUGAAGCCAAACAGUUUAAUCUUGGUUUCAUUGGACAAGAGAAUCAUGUUUCUCACAAUCUGAGAGCCCUUCAAGGGCUUUUUCUGCAAACUCCAAGCAGGCUUUUGUGUGUUUUGCACCAAGGAGACGCUUCUGUCUAACCACUCUGAAAUAAAGCCAGAUCAGUGGAGGACUGCAGUGAUGGUUGUCCUUCUGGAAUUUUGUCCCAUCUCCACACGAUUUCUGGAGCUCAGUCAGAGUGACCACCGGGUUCUCUUUUACUAACACCAUCUCCCAAGAUUGCUCAGUUUGGCCUGGCAACCGGCUCUUUAAAGAGUCCUUGUUGUGCCAAACUUCUUCCAUUUGAGAAUUAUGGAGGCCACUGUGCUCUCAGGAACCUCCAGUGCACCAGACAUUUUUGUAGCCUCCUUCCCCAGGUCUGUGUGCUGCAACAACCCUGUCUCUGAGCUCUGCAGGCAGUUCCUUUGACCUCAUGGCAUGGUUUUUGCUCUGAUAUGUAUUCUCAGAUGUGAGUUCUUCUAUAUAAGGGGUGUCUUUUCAAAUCAUAUCCAAUCAAAUGAGUUUACCACAGGUGGAACAUGAAACAUGUCAGCAACAAUGAAGAGAAAUAUGAGGAACCUGAGCUGAACUUCAAGAGUUUUUGCAAGGGGUCUAAAACCUGUCAUUGUGAUAUUUUAGUUUUUCCUUUUAAUGAAUAUGCAAAAAAAUUCUAAAAUUCUGCUUUCACUUUGUCAUGAUGAGGCAUGGAGUGUACAUUGAGGGAAAAGGGUUUUUGUACAGUAGCAUCAGGCUGCAACGUAAUAAAAUUGAAAAAAAAAAUGUAAGGGUUCUGAAUACUUUUAUGAAUUUACCAUACAUUGUCCUUAGUGGAUUAAUAUUAGUGUCUAAGAUUAGAUUGCUUCAUUCUAAGAAAAUGUAAUAACUAGAUUCACAUGUAGGCUGCAAUUGCUGUUCAAUGCACUCCUGGCAGUGAUGUCAAAUGCUGUAUUCCACAUCUUCACUUCAAUCUACAUUACAGUAACUUCUUCCUUGUUGUUCUCUUCACUAAAGCUGCACUCAGGUUCAAAUUAAAAAGUUAAAAGGAUGAAACUCCUAACAAUGCAACUGCUUGACAUCACUGUAAGUGUGGACUGCACAAAAAUGGCAGCCUACAAGUCAAAUGAAAGAAAUCUAGUAGCUUCUUUCAAUUAUAAACUUACGUUAGGGUCAGCAUGCAUGAAUAUGCAGUGUUCCUUCCACUUGAUUUUCUGUUGAGUAACUGUUGCUGUUAUCUCUCUAAAACCAUAAAACUGUUCACUUCCAGGAGACAGUGAAACUUCACAAAAAUGCCUUAGAUUUCACUGAAGGGGACGCUGAAGUGCUUCUCAGAUUUGUUUGAACUCUGACUGGAAUUUUUUUUCUUCAUGCACUGCUAAUGUUGAAAAGAUUUUUUUACUAUGGAAUUACUUGGAACAGAGAUCUAUGAAGCAUAGCAUAGAUUAUCACUUUUCAAAUCCAAAUACUGAAGAAAAUCUGGUUACUUUAAAGGACUGUUGCUGCUAAUUUUGGAUUGCUAAAUAUUCAGAAAUCUUUUAGCUGAAGGUCAUGUUUUUAGGUCACACGUUGAGUCAGUUUAAUGCUCAUAUUCAUCUUUGUCUGUGCAGUCUUUGUUUUGUGAAUCAAACAACCUCUCCUUAGUCCAUGUUUGUCCGUGUUAUGAUGCAGCUCUUUGUCUUUCUUAGUAGAAAACAACCCUAAAGCUAUUAAACUCUUACUUUGGUUUUAGUUUAAGCUUGUUUUUUAAUAAAAGUUUUUUUUCCA